AUGAGCGCAACGCAGACCAUCUCGGCUUCGGCCGGAUACACCAAGCUGCGUCUAUCCUCCGGCAAUGGCCCCGUGUACCGCAAUGUCCUUCCGACCCCGCUCCGAGACGCUGACCCUUCCGAAAUCCCGAUCAUUGAUGUUUCCGGCAUAAGCAGCUCCUCGCUUGCUGACCGUGCUGCUGUAGCGCGAGAGAUCCACAACGCUGCCACCAACAACGGAUUCUUCUACGUGACCAACCAUGGAAUCCCGACGGCCACAACAGACUCGGCGUGUGCAGCCUGCCUGGACUUCUUCCGUCAACCAUCGGAUAUCAAAGACAGGGCCAAUUCGAGCCAGUCACGAUACUUCAAUGGCUACAAGCCGCCAAAGUCCCAGCGCAUCAAUCCAUCGGAGUCGAUCGACGUGCGGGAAACGUUCUCCUGGACGUAUGACCCCAGGUUCGACCCCGCCGUGAGCGAUGUGUCCGCCAUUCCGCGGGAAAUUGCAGAGUACAUGCGCUGCGAGGACUUCCCCUGGGACGCCACCGCCAACAUUCCACACUUCAGGCAGGCCAUCGUCCAGUAUUGGCAGUCUUGUCUAGCGCUCGCCCGCGGCCUAGUGCGAUCCUUCGCGCUCUCACUCUCCCUCCCAGAGGAUUAUUUUGAUGAAAAAUUUAGUCAUCCAGAUGCAUCCCUCGCACUCAACUAUUAUCCGCCAAUCCCUGCUACAUCGUCGCCAUCCAACGAGGUGUCGAUCGGCUCGCACACAGACUUCCAACUGUUUACCAUCUUGUGGCAGGACAAGAAUGGCGGGCUGCAAGUUCUGAACAGGCAGGGUCAGUGGAUCAACGCGGCGCCGAUUCCCGGCACACUCGUCGUCAACAUUGGCGACUACCUGCAACGAAUCACAAAUGACAAGUAUGUAAGCACGGUACAUAGGGCGCAGAACUUCAGUGGCAAGGAGCGCAUCAGCAUGCCGUUCUUCUUCGGUUUUAACCUCAAUGAGAGCUGCGGGGUGUUGGAUGGCUGUCUAGCCGAAGGCGAGGAGAAGAAGUACGACGAAAUAAGCUGUGUGGACUGGGUGCGUCGCCGAGUCCAAGCAAUGCAUGAGACUGAGUCCGACGAUGAUGAAGAGAGCACAAAGAAGAUUUAG